AGAUGGACGUAACCGAUGCUGUAUCUGAUGGUGAACUCCACGUUCGGAUUCGUUUUAGGCUGAGCUGAAUAUGUAGGCCUGGGUAAUAAAAGCCAGCCUUGUUUACGCUUUUCUAAGGAGGCGUGCGUUUGUACAUUUCUCCUUUCAAAAAUAUUGAAGGUGUCCAGGCCUAUGCUUUGCGUUUUAUUUAUUUAUUUAUUUGUUUUUUUCCCAUGGCUAACUUGUUUUAGAAAAUAGUCAAGGUAUUGUCCUUGGGUAUUUUAAAAUCUAAAUAUACCCGAUAUAACUCAUAGAUCUAGGUAUACCGUCUCGCGUUUUGCACUUGCAUGUGUUUUGUUUUAUGUAUUUGUUGUUUGAUUCCAAUUCAAAUACACGGAUUUCUGAAGCGUCACGGUGCGAUAAAGACCACUGAAUGAAAUACUAUACAUUCUUUUAACAACAUAUUUAAAACGCACGUCUUAAAGGUGCACUGAGUGCUUUCUUCGCGGGUAGAGUGAAUGGUAGGUGUUGACUCGAGACUCGUAUGAUGUGAUUCUAAGGGAUGGGUGUUGUGUGCGUGAAGGCCUUGGAAUAAGCCUGCGUUUGCUUGACAGGUAAAUGAACAAAGAAACUCUUGCCAACCCUGUAAUGACACGAUAUCGAGAUUAAUGUCCUAAUGCAACCUAUUAGGUAACAAACUAAUAUAUAAGCAAAUGUUACUCCGGGACAUUGUGCAGCGGUGGCGCUUUUGCUCUGCUUUAGUGUGCAUGCGCGUCACCUUUUUUAAUCCUCAACAGAGCCUUUGCAAUAAAAAUAGUCUGGGCGCAAUCACAUAGACUAUUCACGCCCAAAAUUAUAAUCUGGACGCCUCUGAAAGUAGGGACUUUGUGUCGGCCUGACCAGCAAUGCGACGAGAUGAAACGCUGUCUUCACUUCUGCUGGACAGUCCAUGAGGAAUUUUAAAAAGUGUGGUCCAAUAAUACUUGAAAGGUGAAGAGACCAAAAAGUCGCACAGGACAUUUUGGAUCUUUGAUGCUUCCCAAGCUUCUCAGAGGCACCUCUAGAACCCUUCAUUUUACAGUGCUGUAAAAGUGGCUAUAAAGCUAUGCAUUUUGCAUAAUUGUUAGGGACAGCUUUCAACAACUGACUUGUCACACAAGGGUUGUUGUGGUUGGAUUUGCAUAGGCACCUCUAGGCUUAUAGGCGGCGGUUUUGAGAAGAUUUUGAGAUUUUACUUAAAAAACCCUCUGAUGCACCACUUUCCCCAACAGUUUCUUUUUACUUAGCCUAAAACAAAAUAUAUGACACAGUGGAGUUGCCUGGUCGGACUGGGAGGAGUCUGUAGUCGCCUGGUGUUUUAAUUGGCUGCAGGCUACAGUGAGAAGCGUGAGUAUCAGUAAUUAUUCAGCAAUGUUUUGCACAAGAAAUGUCAGCCAGAAAGGGCUAUCUUCAUCCUCCGUCAAAUUAUACCACGACGAUGUCAUGCCCCAACAACCAAGCUGGAAAUCCAUUUUUCGUGGACUCUUUGAUCAACGUGAGAACCGACAGUGGUCCAUAUUACCAAAGUAACAGCGUGUAUUUGCCGCCAGCGUCGGAAUAUUCAUAUGGACUCUCCGGUGGCUUCCCGGGAAUCGGUAAGCGCAACGAGCCAACGACACAAAGCGUGAUCCCCUCCUCUGCUCCGUAUGUUCAAGGGAUGGAAACGUGGCUGGAAACAUCGAGGUCUUGUCGGGUGGAUCAGCCCAACGGCCAGCAUAUGGCUCCGUGCUCGUUCUCGCCGACCAUAAAGGAGGAAAGCGCAUAUUGCCUAUACGAGUCUGAAAAAUGUCCUAAAGGAGGUACAGUAGAUGACAUAUCCUACUCGACGGCAUCAUGCCCCGUUACCGGUAGCACGGUGCCAGUCCCCGGCUACUUCCGCCUAUCUCAGACAUACGCGACCAGCAGGCUUUAUCAUGAUGUCCAGCCAAACAUGAAUCACUUCACUCUGCAUCGACCUGCCCGCUUGGAUAGCCAGCGCUCCCAGCCGUCGGCUGCUUCUGCAGAGCCGGAGAGCGUGGAGAACCACGAGGAGGCGCCUGUCCCUCCGCCCUGCGCCCCGGCCAGAGAGGAGGACAGUCGCCUGUCUUCGGAAAGCUCAUCCUCCCCAGAACCCGCUGAGACAUGCAGCGCGGACUGUCCAGAAAAGCCAGUAAAAGGUGACGGGAAAAUGGAAAGUACGGCUAACUGGCUCACAGCUAAGAGUGGUCGGAAGAAGCGCUGCCCCUACACCAAGCACCAGACUCUGGAGCUGGAGAAGGAGUUUCUCUUCAACAUGUACUUGACUAGAGAGCGUCGCCUGGAGAUCAGCCGCAGUGUGCACCUCACUGACAGGCAAGUCAAAAUCUGGUUCCAAAACAGGAGAAUGAAACUGAAAAAAAUGAGCCGGGAGAAUAGGAUCCGAGAGCUCUCCAGCAACUUCAGUUUCUCAUGAGACUGUCUGGGUCUUUGGCGCCCUCCUCCAUCCAUGGCAAGGACGCCUGUGCAGAGCCCCCCACCCAACUGUGAGAAUGUCCAUGGAGAACCUACUGCUAACUUAUUGAUUGUUGUCAUUUCGAAAUUUUUUGCUUUCACGUCUGGUUUAUUUUGUCGUGGAUUUGUAUUUAUAAAUAGUUACAUUUGUAACGUUGAACCAUUUAAAAUGUCCCUAAUAUGACCACAAUGUUUCAGAGCUUCAGGCUUGUACAUAUUGUAUAUUCAACCUGAGUGAACCGUUGGAAUUUGCAUGCUGGACUAACCCUUGGGAUACUUGUGUUACAGUUCCAUGUAGGCCUUUAUGUGACAGCUAAAGAACCCAAGAGGUUUGUUGAAUAUUUGCACACUUUGUUGGUCACAUAAUAAAAACCGUGCCUGCAACUGCA